AUGUCGAGUACGGGUGGCUUGAGCUACUCUGCAACGCUCUCUCAAGGGCUUCCAGCCACAUCGAAGCAGUUCAGCUCAGCCUCAUCACAAGCUCAACAGGCGCCGAGUAAUGAUCAGUCAUCAGCACAGCGAAGCCGAGGGCAACAAGCAAGCCAUAUCGACAGGGCAAAUCACAGCCAGCCAGAAGCACAUCGCAAACGACGACCUUCACCCUCCCACAUCCCACAAACAGGAAACGAAGAACAAAACGUCUACGUCCUCACCCUGCUCACAGACAAGCCCCUCCACGAACGCAUGACAGACUUACGAAAACGAUAUUUCCCAAAGAAAAUCAACAAACUCGCCGCCCAUUUGACACUAUUCCACGCUUUACCAGAAAGUAAACUAGAAAGCAAAAUAAUUCACACUCUGCUAGAAGUGACAAAAACUACUUCUCCCUUUCGCGUUGAAGCAACUGAGCCUUUUCGAUUGAAGAAGGGCUUCGCAAUCUCGGUAUCGAAUCAACAUGGUGGGAAUCAAGCCAAGUCGAUUCAUCGACAGUUACAGCAGGCUUGGAAGGGAGAGGGCUGGCUUUCGCAGCAGGAUGCGGGAGGGUGUCGGGUGCAUUAUACGUUGAUGAAUAAAGUGGAUGACGAAGGUGAAGUUCAGAAUGCACUGGAUGAAUUGAAGUCGUUUUGGAAGGGCGAUGGUGGGAAGGCGGAAGGACUUGCGUUGUGGCGGUAUGAUCGCGGUUUCUGGAGAUGGGAGCGGAAGUUCUCAUUUAAAGGCGAAUCUGGCUCGUGA